AUGUCCUCAAACGUCGGCCUCUCCACCCCCCGCGGAAGCGGUACAUCAGGCUACGUCCAACGCAACUACGCCUUCAUGAAGCCGCGCAAUGCAGGCUACGGCGCGCCGUACCCGCCCGUUUCAGGCGCAAAUGCCAACGAUUCUAGCCGUGGGUUCAAGCAGCGGCAGCCCGAUAAGCAGAUUUUGGAGCAUGAUCGGCGGCGUGCGGUUGAGGUGAAGGUUAUGGAGGAGAGGGAGAGGCUUGAGGAGGAGAACGAGCGGAUUGAGCAGGAGGGUAAAGGCAAAGGCGAGGGCGAAGGGAAGGUGUUGUCGGAGGAGGAGAUUGAGGAGCGGUGUGAGGCGCUCAGGGCGAGGUUGUUGAAGGAGAUGGAGGAGGAGGAGAAUCGCAAGGGUGAUGCGGCAGAUGGUGAGAGGGAUGAGGGGAGGGAGCGCAGGGGGUGGAAGCGUGGGCCUAGGGAUAGGGAGCGUGAUCUGCCGCCGAGAGAGAGGAGGCAGUUCAAGACGUAUCAGGUGCAUGAGCUUGCGGAGGCGAAGAUUGAGGAGAGUGAGCGGUUUAAGAAGGCGUUGGGGAUUCGGGAGGAUACGGAGACGGGGGAGAUCUCGAGCGGGAGGAAGGAUUACGAACCCAGGAAGAGGGAUAGAGAGCGUUAUUGA